AUGCCAUUCAAUGGCAUAGAAACCGGGGUUGGACAUUUCAGUGAAUGGAGCCGGGCAACUAAGAAGGAGUUCUUAAUUGACUGGGAAGCAGGACGAGCUUCGGAAUGGAUAUUCGUCCAAGGCAACGAAGGCGGCGACCUUGACAGCAUGACCGCGGCACUGACUUGGGCUUAUCAUCUGGAGCACUCUACAAUGAACACAUCGAACCCCAAGAAAGCCAUUGCUCUGCUACAGACCCCUACGGAUGCACUGGAUCUCCGGCCGGAGAACAAGCUAGCUCUUGACAAGUCGCAGAUGAGUACGGGACAUAGCGACCUCCUGACCCUUGAUGAGCUUCCGGAGGACCCAGAGAACUUGGCCCGCGAGAUCCAAGGCAUCAUACUGGUCGACCAUCCAGCUCCCGUGAGGAAGUGGCGUGACGCCCCUAUUCUCUCGAUCUUCGAUCACCACGUCGAUAGCGGCGCGGGCCCAGAUGCCAAGCCACGUAUCUUCGAAAAAGUGGCAAGCUGCACGACCAUCGUAGCCCGUCAAAUGCUCGACGAGCUUGAAGCCCUACCAGAGGAGUAUCACAUGCCGCAUGAGCUCCUCGAGCUGAUCUUGGGUGCCAUCGCCAUUGACUCGAAGGGCUUGGAAGAAGGCACAGACGAGGACGUCAAGACGGCGAAAAGGAUUUUCAAGCGCAGCAACUGGCGGGACCGCGAUUUCGAUCACCAAAUCGAGAAGCUCACCAAGGAGCUAAAGGACGCCAAGAAGGACCUUGAUGCAAUGACUGUGCGCGACCUUCUUCGCAGAGACUUCAAGAGUGAUUUGGUCGACACGCCAUCACCUCGUACACCGACUGUGAACGUUGGAUUUGCUUCGAUUCCAUUCUCUCUUGACGAGCAGAUCAAAAAGACGGAAUUUGGGGCUCUAUUCGACUGGUUUGCCAUCGAAGCAGCUUGGACUGCGCAGAUUGGCAUCGACAUCAGCGUUGCGUUGAAUAAGCACAAGAUCAAGGACAAGGAUGGGAAGAAGAAGAAGGUUCGAGAGAUCGUUCUCAAUGUGCGCAGCGAUGUGCGGAUUGAUGAAGAACAGGCUGAUGAUCUGUUCCGUACCGUCUACAAAGCUAUUGAGGAAAGUAAGGAGCUCAAUGUCAACUUGAAAAAAUGGCACCGGGCGGAUGAGCUUGGGAAGAGACAGAUGGUGUGGACGCAUGAGAAUGAAGAUGCAGGGAGGAAGAUCGUUCGGCCGAUCAUUGAAAAGGCUGUGAUGGCGUGGAAGUAG